AUGGCACAGAGUUCUGAAAACGUUAUUCCUACUCUACGUGAUUACUUCAAUUCCCAAAAGCCAGGGGAAGAGGAUGAGUUUAUGUUCUGCCGGGUUCCACCGAGGCCUACAAAAAUGGGAAACAAGGCAAAGGAGAGACAUGGUUUCUUCAAUCAAGGAUCCAAGGAAAGAAGCAGAAGGAAUAUAUCAGAUGCUGAAAAGUUCUCAGUGGAACAAUAUUCUUCCGGUGGGUUUUUCGGGGUACGGUUGAACACACAUGGAAAACAACAACAACUACAAAGAUCAGCUAAGCCUUUAGGUUCAGAGAGAAACAUGGAACCAAGAUUGCAAAAGUCGGUUUCUGCUCGAAUGCAAUUUCCAUCGUUUAUGUCUUCUUCAAAGGGAAGCAAUCAGUCUACUUCUACGGAUAAUUCAAGCUCAACGAGCUGGUUUAGCCGUAUCAAGAAAAUGUCGAAUCCAUUUUCAAAUCGGAAUCCUCUGAUACCAAAAUCAGGAGAAAUCAAGGUCAAUGGCGGUGCAAUGCUCUCAAGGAACAAGUCCUUUAGAAAGUCUUCACCUGUUCAUCUACAUGCCCAUCUAAGUAUGCAAUAUGAACUUGGGAUGCCUGUUUUCACCUUCUCGCUAGACCGCCCGGAUGAUGUGUAUAUGGCCAGUACACGGAUAGAUGAUAAUGAAUCUCGGUUUGUCUAUUCGUUUCGCUACAUUGGUGGUAGAAGCAAUAAAAACCUUGGUGAACAGCGGUCUAAUGUUUCAGGUAUAGAAUCUUCAUUAAUAGGACAGAUGCAAGUUUCAACUCAAAUCUGCUUAGAGGCAGAACCAUAUGAAGAUCCUGUGGAAUCAACUUUGUCGGAAUUCGUUCUUUUUGACAUUGCACGAGCUAGGAGAAGUGGCUUCAAGCAUGAAAAACUGUCGAGACAGAACAGUUUCAGACGAGGAUUGGACCCGAGUCAGUCGAUAUAUUCAGAGACAGCGAACAGAGUAUUCGAUGGCUCAUUUGACUCGAACCUACAACAAGAAAACAGUUUCAGCCGAGGAUUGUCACGUAGUCUAUCAAAACAUUCAGAGACUAGUGUAUCUGAUCCUUGGCCGGCCUCAACUUUACAUCCAGGCUUAGAGAUUGCAGCCAUUGUUAUAAGAGACUCUUGUUCGAGCAAUGACAGUUUUAUGUACAUGAAGAACUGUAAACUCUCUAGACGAGAGAUGAAAGUUAUAGUUCCAGCAGGAAACCACGGUUUGCCUGAUACCGAAAACUCAUGUCCUACACCGAUACUGCAGAGAUGGAGAUCAGGUGGAGGCUGUGAUUGUAGCGGAUGGGACAUGGGUUGUCACCUUUUUGUCCUAGAAUCUCCGGAAACCUGUUUUGCAGAAGAACCAGAACUCAUCAACAAUCGCCACGGUUUGGAACUUUUCAUAGAGGGCGGGAAAGAGAAUAUACCAGCAAUGACAAUGGCGUUAAUCAGAGAAGGACAUUACGUGGUCAACUUCCACGCGAAGCUCUCAGCUUUACAAGCAUUCUCAGUUUGUGUCGCUGAGCUACACAGAACUGAAGUCUCAAGAGGAGAAAGAAGUAACUCUUUGUCUAGAUGCAGUUCACUCAGAGAGCUUAUCGAUAUGGCUACUCCGGUAAACAGAGAUACUAGAGAAGAAGUCCUUUCUUCUUUCAUGCCUAAUGUCACUUUCUCUCCGAUUUCAAGGGUUUGA